UUCAUGCGCUCGAGGCGUCGUCGCUCCCGACGCCGACAGCUGCCUACGCAAGCGUCGCCCAUCGCUUCACGGACAAAACCACAGCACCAUCGUGUUGUCGCGUGCUGGGCACCGUCGCCGACUCGCCGUGACACCACGUCGGUGACCGCCAGCGCGGCACCAGUCGGCGACGAACAAGUCCACGCCUGCGCUGCACGUGGUGGUCGCCGGUGCGCGCCGCAGUUAAUUCCGGUCGCCCGGCGUCCUUUCCGCCGACGGACGCAGCGCCACGCACGCCGCACGCACGCACGCUUGUCGGCAUCCUCCCUCCUCUCGCCGUCCGCCGUCGACCUCGCGUCGCCGUGACAAACUCCGAAUCUGAAAUCCAAAAAAGAAAGAGCCUUUACGCACGACCUCGGACGCAACACGACGGCCUUGCGUUGCGUUGCGUUGCGUUGCGUUGCGUGGGUUCCCUCUCGCCCUUGCUUGCUUCCUACGGCCGUUACUACGCACGCCCCGGUCCCGUCACGGCGGGCAGGACCCAUGGGCGCCGCCGCGGCCCGCCGCCGCCGCCAUCCGUCGCGCGCGCCGCGAUGAGCCCGAGGGCGGGCGCGGAUCCGGCCGCCCACCCGGCGCCAGCCGCGUCGCCGGACCUCCGGGCCCGCCUCGCGCAGGACCUCGACGCCGCGCAGGAGGCGCGGGCGGCCCUGGCGCGCCGCCUCGAGGCCGCGCUCGAGGUACGUACGACCGCCCCUCGCUCGCUCUCCUCUCCUCUCCUCAUCGCCCCCACUUCUCUGAUCCUGCCGCCGCCGCUAAUGCUGCAGGCGAGGAAGGAGUCGGUGCGGCAGGGCGCGGCGCUGGACGAGGCGAGGCGGCGGCUGGACCUGCUGCGGGCGCGCGCGGACGAGCUCGUCGUGCGGAAGCGCAGGGCCGCCGAGGGCGUCGAGCGCCGCAAGGAGCAGCUGCAGGCGCAGAUCGGCCGGGUGCUGCCGCUCUCCAGGGCCCUCGCCGCCGCGCACCGGCAGGUGCAGGAGGCAAGAGAGGGCCUGUCUGGGGAGAAGGCGCGGCUCGGGGAUCUGCAGAGGCUGCUCAGGACGAAGCAGCGGUGUAUGGUGAACCAGGUCGCCGCCUUGUACCCUGUCAGAGUCUUCCGUGAGCCGCCGGUUGCAGAAAACCAUCGUCCCGAUGCUAAUGGAGGGCAUGGAACACUUUCAGAACAGAAUGGUGUGCUUCCACACGAGAAUGGGAACGGGGCGGACUUUCUCGGUGUUGCCAAAUCUCCACAAGUUCGUCACUUGACUUUUUUUGGUUGGCAAAUUGCAAGGCAUAAAACGAAGCAGCAGAGUUACGAUUACACGGAGCUUCAGAGGUCAGCGGCUGUCCUGGGAUAUGCAGCACAUGCAGUAUUGCUCAUAGCCUCAUAUCUUUAUGUUCCUCUCCGGUAUCCUUUGCGCUUUGGAGGAUCACGAUCUUAUGUCAGUGAUCGUUUGCCUUCAGAAGAACAUCCGAGCAUCAGCAGCGCCGACUCAAAACUAACAGAUUAUCCCCUUUUCUUGGAAUUCCAAGAUGACUCUACUAGAGCGUCCUACGCCAUUUACUUGUUGCAGAAGGACACGGAGCAGCUUCUGAACUACGUUGGAGCCGAGAGUUCUGGAAGGAAUGUAUUUGGUAAUCUGCGGGAGCUUAUUAGGAUUAUACAGUCAGAUGAGUAUUUGUACAUAUGACCAUCGAAUCCGCGACAAUUGCGGGUUUGGGUCACUUAUGCUGUAGAUAUGGUAGUAUAUGCAGAUUCAAGUAGGGUGUUCUUUUGUGUGAUUCUUGCCUACUUUCGCUGUGCCGAGUUUUUUGUAUGCAUAGCAAAGAGGGGCAUUACAUAUGGGGUUUUACAUUAGCAUAAGCCUCUCCAUGUAUAUGAUUGAGGUUUCUGGGUACUACCUCAGAGGCUAUUGUACACAAAACAUUAUGAGUUAAUAUCAAAAUUGCAUUUUUUCUCUGUCCA